UUUUUUAAUCAAAAGUUUCAAGCCCAUAAAAUUGUGCUAAGACCGCUACGAUACCCAAGCCCAACACCGCCUUGUAAAGCAUUUUUCAAAAUAAAAUGCUAGGGUUUUAGAUUUGGUAGUGAUGAAUCACUUCAUUGCUUCUAUCUAGGUCACGAACAGAGUGUUAUCGGAGAGAGAGAGAUGGCUAAUUGGAGGAGUUUUGGCGAUCGGAUGAUGCAUUGCCACCUGUCGAUGCUAAAAAUAUGGUGCAAUUGUUCCAAUCCGGCGAGAUUUCACACCUCCGGUGCCGGUGGUGGUGGUGGUGGUGGUGGUGGUUUGCUCCUUGGAGGUGGAUGCUUCAAAAAUGCUGCGGCAUAUUUGCCAAUCCGACGUUCUUCUUCUUCUCCAUCUGUAAGUACUCGAUCACUGACUUCACCGUUGCUCAUGUUACCUCCCAAAACUGUUGUUUGCGAUCACAACAAUUCCUCAGAAAAGUACGACGGCGACGGCCACUAUUGUUUUCAUUUCUUCAACCUUUGUGAGCAGAGUCAAUUUAGGGUUCGGAAGAAUCUUAGUGUACCAUGGCAGAGGGACGUCCUCAUGCCAGACGACGCACGAUGUGUGGGCUCUUCCCAUGGCUGGCUUGCCUUUAACCACCCUCGCAAUUGCCACUCUUAUCUAUACAACCCCUUAAUAGACUCUCCUCAUUUCCCCUACAUUGCCCUCCCUUCCGUCGAAACCAUCCACUCCGUUCGCGCCGUUCGUAACCUCAAAGCCGAUCAGCUCUCCCCUUCCCCUACUCCCAUCACACAGUUUCUGAUCUUGAUCCACGAAAACUACGAUUUCAAUGCCGACAGGUAUGAGGUGCAGUUGUCCUCCAAAGGCGCCUGUAAUUAUUUCGUACGAAGGGUUGUUAUGUCAUCAGCCCCGUCAGUCCCCUGUUAUUCUUCCUCGCUAUCAACACCACAACUCGACGGCGGCAACAGUGGCGACAACUGCACUAUAAUGGCCCUCCACAGCGCAAGUGAUGACAUUGCCUUCUGCAAACCUGGAGAUGACAGGUGGACUGUCUUGGACGUUUCGCUCCGGGCUUAUUCGGACAUAACAUAUUUCAGCAAGGAUCAGCGAUUUUAUGCCAUGAGAGGAGACUACAGCAUGGAAGCUUGGGACCUCAGAGAACCCUCUUGCCCCAAACAGCAAGUGUUUAAUAGACCUGACUUUUGUCAUGGGAAGGUACAGAAUAAAAUUAGGGAAUCUUAUAAUUGGGCUCAGAGGGAUUAUUUGGUUGAAUCCUCCGGGGAUCUUUUGCUGGUUUGCAGGUUUUUAGCUCGAAAUAUUGAUGAAGAUGAUGUUGUGCAUCCUCGGAGGUUGGAAGAGAGAGCAGUGAAGGAUAACAUUAAUGAUGAGGAAUGGGAAAAUAAUUUCAUUCACGAUGAUGAUGCUUAUUGGACUCUGGGAUUUGAUGUUCAUAAGUUUGAUUCCGAUCACAAGAAGUGGGAACCUGUGGAAUGCUUAGGAGAUAGAGCACUCUUUGUGGGUUCUAAUCAUUCCUUUUCUCUCUCCGCCCGCGAUUAUCCAGAGCUGGCGGGGAAUUCUAUCUAUGUUGCUGAUGAUUACUUUCGAGGAUUUAACGACACAUAUCGUGGUCAUGAUAAUGGUGUCUUUCACAUUGAAAAUAACUGCAUGAAACCUUAUUAUCCAAACAGGUUGAAGAUCAUUGACCCAAUACCAGUUUGGGUUGCCCCCAACACAAUGUAGAUUCUUCGCACAGCUAUCUUUUGGCUUACUAAGCAGGUUUCCCUUGCCUCCUUUCAUCUAGUUCAAUGCCAAUUUCUAAACACCAAAAAGGCGUUUAUAAUCUCCACCAGCGAUCUGGUGGAUCUGCCGAGCUGCUCCACCAGCGAGAACAACCUGUUCUUUCUCAUUCCCUAAAGCCGAUCUCCUCCACCGCCCUCAUCCGCCAGCAAGAAGAACCUGCUCAUCAUUUUUUUUGUCUCACCACCAGGAUUCCAAUUCAUGCAUGGCUCGAAAUCAAGUUGAGCCUAACCACGACAGUUCAAGCUCUCAGUGGGCUUUGUAAUUCUUUUUUGUCUAGAUCAUGCAAGCAAUAGAUGUUAGUCUUGCUCUUGGUCUUGUGUCAUUCUUUGUCUGGAUCAAGUAAUUCUUUUUUGUCAUAAUUUUUUUUUUCUUUUGCUUCAUUGGGACUGUGGUCAAUUGGCUAUAAGCAUGUAUUGAACGAACAGAGUAUCGAAUGUAACUACAAUUCUACAUAUCUUCGACAUUAAAACAGCAAUGUUUAUAGACAUGGCAAUGAGAUUGCUAAGCUUUCGAGGCA